AUGGCCGCGUCCACCCUGUCCGUCUGCUCCAGCGACCUGAGCUAUGACAGCUGUGCCUGCCUGCCCGGGUCCUGCGACUCUUGCACCAGCUCCUCCUGGCAGGUGGACGACUGUCCAGAGAGCUGCUGCCAGCCCUCCUGCUGCGCCCCCAGCUGCUGCGAGCCCUCCUGCUGUGCCCCCAGCUGCUGCCAGCCCACCUGCUGUGCCCCCAGCUGCUGCCAGCCCUCCUGCUGUGUCCCCAGCUGCUGCCAGCCCUCCUGCUGCACCUCUGCCCCCUGCCAACAGGCCUGCUGUGUGUCUGUCAGUUGCAGGCCUGUCUGCUGCACCCCUGCCUGCUGCACCCCUGUCUGUUGCACUCCUGUCUGCUGCAAGCCUGUGUGUUGCAAGCCUGUCUGCUGCACCUCUGUCUGCUGCAAGCCUGUGUGCUGCACCCCUGCCUGCUGCAAGCCUGUCUGCUGCACCUCUGUCUGCUGCAAGCCUGUGUGCUGCACCCCUACCUGCUGCACCCCUGCCUGCUGCACCCCUGCCUGCUGCACCCCUGCGUGCUGCGCACCCUCCUCCUGCGUGUCCCUCAUCUGCCGCCCCGUGUGCAGGCCCGCCUGCUGCGUGCCCAUCUCCUCCUGCUGUGCCCCCUCCUCCUCCUGCCAGCCCAGCUGCUGCCGCCCGGCCUCGUGCGUGUCCCUGCUCUGCAGCCCCGCGUGCUCCCGCCCGGCCUGCUGUGUCCCCACCUCGGCCCAGAAGUCCUGCUGCUGA